UCCUCCACUCCCUGGCUCUCCGCCCCCGCUCGUCUUGUUAAAUUCCUCCUGCCUGGCAUCAGGUUCCCGGGAGAAAGGGCGGGGAAUUGGCCGCUCACUCUGUAACAUAAGUAACAAACAGUGAGCAGACACACUAAAACUAGUUUUUACCGAAACCUGAGAAGAGAAGACAAGCGGCUCUGGUUUUAGCCUAAUUAACGCUGCACUGGCCGGAGAACGGAAGGGCAGUGCAUGACCGGGAACCCGGUGUUGUCGGGAUGAGGCAGGCGUCACAUGGGAGUAUAUUAGGGUGGCUGUUGCUUUGCGCGUUUACUGUGUCUUCCUGGUAGAGACAGCUUGAGGUCCGAUGGCAGCCAGGCGGACUAGAGGUAUGACCGGAUCGGAUCUGAGCAGGGCCACCGUGGCCCGGGCUACUGCUAUAGCUGAGCUUCUGCGCUAUGAGUGCUCCAUUUUACUGGAACUUUAUAGAAAGAAGGAGAGUUUCACUGCAGAUGUUACGGUGACAGAAAGUCGUCUGGUGUCUGUCCCUCCUCCUUCCUCCCAGCUGGAAACCAGAGAUAAGCUCUGGUGUCUCCACUCUGCUCUGCUACAAUGCCGCAGCUUUCUGGAGAGAGCCAUCGCCAAAGAGGAAGAGCAGCUAGGCGGUGGGAAGAAAGGUGAUUAUGAGACCCAGAGGAAGAUGGUGAAGGAGAGGUUGACGAUUCUCUUAAUCAACACUGGAGAACUCCUCAAAACUGCUGGUGGCGUGAUGGUCCUGACUCCCAGCUCGGAGGGCUUGGAGUUAGACGGUCCGACCAUUCUGUUUGAGCUGAAGCUUUGGAUAUACCGGAUCUUCGAAGAGGUGGACUACUGGACCAAGACGGCCAUCACCACCUUGCAAGCCCUGCCCUCAGUAAUAGCCAAGGAGCGAGCGAGGACCACGCGAGUCAGGAGCAUGAGAAGUGCUCGGAGAUGAGACAGCGACGGUAGAAGUGUGUGUGUGUGUGUGUGUGUGGGCGAAGAGGACUAAUGAGAGAGAAAAAAAGGUUAGGAAGAGAGAGAAAGAGGUGAGUAAAGGAAUCAGACGAUGAAGCAAGACGUUCAGCCAGGGGCCAAAGUGAGAAACUGACGUGUGGUGUUAAAAAGAAAGAGAUGAAUGAAAAUAGCCAGCCGAGAGAGAGACACAGAUCCCUACUGACACAGGGAGAUGAGUGGGUUGGGUUAUUUUUAGGUCAUUAAGCCCCCUUUACAUGAACAGAGGCCAUAGGCAGAGAGGGAGCAAGAUACCAUGUUUAUCAUAGCUAUUAACAUUUGUUUAACACAUUUAUUUUAAGUAUGAGUCUAAUACAACUUUAUAUGUAUUGUUUACCUUGUAAGAUGAAAUCCAACAAUGCAUCUAGAUUCAGAGUUAA